CUUACCAAUUAGAUCACCAAGUUUAUACCUACAGCAUCUCAAUUCGGGUAGAUAAAUGCUACUGAACAGAAAUCGAAUCGACUCAUCAACACCAAAAACACAUAACUAAGUGUAAUUCUGAAAAAAAUUCUGUAAGUUCUGAAGUACUUGAGUUUACAACAAUGAUGAUGAAAACUAGCAUGUUUUCGUUUCUACUUUGUUUUUCAUUGUUUCAUCAAGUAUUAUCCGAUAAUCUUAUUGAUCAGCAGGAUGUCAACUCAAACUCAAAGGAAGCUUUUCCCUUGAAGUUGAAUUCAGUGAAUCCGAAUCUUGAAAUGACCCCAAGUCCAGAAUCAGCCUCAGGAUGGCUUCAUCGCAGUCUUAACAAGAAGCAACGUUACCUUCACGGUCGUCAUCAUCAUGUCUACCAUGAAGAAGAUAAAGCUUCGGAGUAUUUCCCAACGAAGGCAAAUUUUUACCAUCACCACCACCAUCGCCGUCAUCACCACCACCACCACCAUAAGAGGGCUCAUAACCAUCUCCAUACCCCCAAUGCUCAAAUUUCAUCAGAGACACUUGUAAAAGCUCGAGGUCCUUAUGAAGAUCACCAUAGUAGACUUCACUAUCAUGUCUUGGACCCGAUGGAGGCUGCUCAAUUUCCAAUACAGUUUGCAGUAGCGACUCCCCAUCCCGAUGAAAGUCAUCAUGGAGAUCAUCUAUAUCACCAUCACCAUCAUCAUCAACAUAAAAAGCCUCACCAUAAACAUUAUUCUUAAUCCCCACUGAGGCUCCUCAAUUGAACAAAUAACAAUCAUCGAUACAGUUGCACCGUAUUAAGAAGCGUAAACAGAAACAAUGUACCUCAAGCAUCUACAGCCAUGACUGACAGUACAUGCACAUUCAUCAAUUCUGUUCCCAUCAUCAGAAAAGUAUAUUGAUUAAUGAAAUGAAUGUCAAGUGUUUGCUUA